GGGAGCUGUAGUUCUGCCGCGGUCUCGUGACGGGGGCGGGGCGCGGUGACUCCAUUUCCCAGCGUGCUCAGCGGCGCAGCGGAGCCGGACCCGUCCGUGGCGCUGUCGGAUGCGGGGCGCGCUGCUGGCGGCGGGGGGGGCCAUGGCUGACGGCCCCGUGGCCCGCACCGUCCGCUCCAAGCUGGCGGCCGCGCUGGAGCCCACGCACCUGCAGGUGCUGGACGAGAGCCCCCGGCACGGCGGCGCCGCGGGCGCGGGCACGCACCUGGCCGUGGUGGUGGUGAGCGGGCGGUUCGAGGGGCUGCCGCCGCUGCAGCGCCACCGCCUGGUGCACGCCGCGCUCAGCGCCGAGCUGGCGGGGCCGCUCCACGCGCUCGCCAUCGUGGCCCGCACCCCGCAGCAAUGGGAGAGCGACCCCAACGUGCCCCCCCGGCCCCCCUGCAUGGGCGGGUCCAAGCACGAGCAGCGCGGGGACGGCGCCGGGGAGCCCUAAUGGGGGGCCCCUCUGCGCCCCCCCCCCCAAUGGUGACACCAGGAUGGAGCCCACGUCUUAAGGGGGACCCCCCCCAUACAUCGAACCCAGCUACGCCGUGGGACGCAGCACACGCUUGGGGGGGGGAUUUUGGGGAUGUCCCCAUGUCGUCGUCCCCCCCCCAGCCCUAUUAAAGAGAUUGGGCAUGGGGGGUGCAGCCCACCCCCCGAAAAUAAACUCUCCCAUGGGAGCAACUGAGAAGUG